UCAACUCCCAGUUUGGCAGCUGUGAAGACCAGCAGACAUCAAAGGCUGCAUUUCUCUCAGCAAUAAGGUGUAGCUGCCGCCCCCGUCCACCCCACCUGCAAAGAUGGUGGCGUUGUCGCUGAAAAUCUGCGUUCGCCAGUGCAACGUUGUAAAGACGAUGCAGUUCGAGCCCUCGACAGCCGUUUACGAUGCCUGUCGGAUCAUCAGAGAGCGAGUCCCGGAGGCUCAGACUGGACAAGCUUCCGACUACGGUCUGUUUCUGUCCGAUGAAGACCCAAGAAAAGGCAUCUGGCUGGAGUCUGGAAGGACACUGGACUACUACAUGCUCCGUAAUGGGGAUAUCCUUGAAUACAAGAAGAAGCAGAGGCCACAGAAAAUCAAAAUGUUGGAUGGGGCCGUGAAAACCAUCAUGGUGGAUGAUUCCAAAACAGUGGGAGAGCUUCUUGUGACUAUAUGCAGUAGAAUAGGUAUCACCAACUACGAAGAGUACUCGGUCAUCCAGGAGUUGGUGGAGGAGAAGAAGGACGAUGGGAUGGGCACGCUGAAGAAGGACAGGACGCUGCUGCGAGACGAGAGGAAGAUGGAGAAGCUGAAAGCCAAACUGCACACGGACGAUGAACUGAACUGGCUGGACCACAGCAGAACAUUCAGGGAGCAGGGGGUGGAAGAGAGCGAGACACUUUUACUCAGACGCAAGUUCUUCUACUCGGACCAGAACGUGGACUCGCGGGACCCGGUCCAACUCAAUCUGCUUUACGUACAGGCUCGAGAUGACAUCUUGAACGGUUCUCACCCUGUAUCGUUUGACAAGGCCUGUGAGUUUGGAGGCAUUCAGGCCCAGAUCCAGUUUGGACCUCACAUAGAGCACAAGCACAAACCUGGGUUUCUGGAUUUGAAGGAGUUUCUACCCAAAGAAUACAUCAAGCAGAGAGGAGCUGAGAAGAAGAUAUUCCAGGACCACAAAAACUGUGGAGAGAUGACAGAGAUAGAAGCGAAAGUGAAGUAUGUCAAGCUCGCGAGGUCUUUGCGGACGUACGGCGUCUCCUUUUUUCUGGUCAAAGAGAAGAUGAAGAGUAAGAACAAGCUGGUGCCAAGGCUCCUUGGCAUCACCAAGGAGUCUGUGAUGAGAGUGGAAGAGAAGACCAAAGAUGUGGUUCAGGAGUGGCCGCUGACCACCGUGAAGAGGUGGGCAGCGUCACCCAAGAGCUUCACCCUGGACUUUGGGGAGUACCAGGAGAGCUACUAUUCGGUGCAAACCACUGAAGGGGAGCAGAUCUCGCAGCUCAUUGCUGGUUACAUUGAUAUCAUCCUCAAAAAGAAGCAAAGCAAAGACCGUUUUGGAUUAGAAGGGGACGAGGAGUCGACCAUGCUUGAGGAAUCCGUGUCCCCAAAAAAGUCCACCAUCCUCCAGCAGCAGUUUAACCGCAUGGGCCAGGUGGAGCAUGGCUCAGUGGCGCUGCCGGGUGUGAUCCGCUCUGGCUCCAUUGGCACAGAGUCGCUCAGCAUGGGCUCAAUGCCACCUGCGCAGCAGCAGAUCACAAUGGGUCAGAUGCACCGUGGGCACAUGCCACCACUGAGCUCAGCACAACAGGCUCUGAUGGGAACCAUUAACACCAGUAUGCAAGCUGUGCAGAAAGCCCAGAUUGACCUGGGAGAGGUUGACAACCUGCCACCCCUGGGACAGGACAUGGCGUCCAAGGUCUGGAUCCAGAACAAGAUGGAUGAAUCGAAACACGAGAUCCACUCCCAGGUUGAUGCCAUCACUGCAGGAACAGCCUCUGUGGUCAACCUCACAGCUGGUGAUCCCACUGACACGGACUACACAGCGGUGGGCUGCGCCAUCACCACUAUCUCCUCCAACCUGACGGAAAUGUCAAAGGGUGUUAAGCUGCUGGCUGCACUGAUGGAGGAUGACGUCGGAGGAGGAAACGACCUAAUGAAGGCUGCCAGGACACUAGCAGGGGCCGUGUCUGACCUGCUGAAGGCUGUGGAGCCAGCCUCAGGAGAGCCCAGACAGACUGUGCUGACAGCAGCAGGCAGCAUCGGCCAGGCCAGUGGAGACCUCCUGCGCCAGAUUGGAGAGAAUGAGACAGACGAAAGGUUCCAGGACAUUCUGAUGAAUCUGGCCAAAGCAGUGGCCAAUGCUGCAGCCAUGCUGGUGCUCAAGGCCAAGAAUGUGGCUCAGGUUGCCGAGGACACGGUGCUUCAGAACCGGGUCAUUGCAGCUGCCACCCAGUGUGCACUGUCCACCUCCCAGCUGGUGGCAUGUGCAAAGGUUGUGAGUCCCACCAUCAGCUCUCCAGUUUGCCAGGAGCAGUUGAUUGAAGCAGGAAAGCUUGUGGAUCGAUCGGUAGAAAGCUGUGUCCAGGCCUGUCUCUCAGCCACAGAGGAUGGCGAGCUCCUUAAACAGGUGAGUGCAGCAGCCAGUGUGGUGAGUCAGUCUCUGGGAGACCUCCUGCAACACGUCCGUCAGUACACCGCGAGAGGAGAGCCCAUCGGACGCUACGACCAGGCCACAGACACCAUCAUGAUGGUCACUGAGAACAUCUUCAGCUCGAUGGGAGACGCAGGAGAGAUGGUCCGCCAGGCUCGCGUUUUGGCCCAGGCAACCUCCGAUCUGGUCAACGCCAUGAGGUCAGACGCUGAGGCCGAGGUGGAUGUUGAGAAUUCAAAGAAGUUACUGGCAGCUGCUAAACUGCUCGCUGACGCCACUGCCAGGAUGGUGGAGGCAGCAAAGGGGGCCGCAGCAUACCCGGAGAAUGAGGACCAGCAGCAGAGACUGAGGGAGGCUGCGGAGGGUCUGCGUGUGGCCACCAACGCUGCAGCUCAGAAUGCCAUCAAGAAGAAACUGAUCAACAGACUGGAGAAUGCUGCUAAACAAGCCGCGGCUGCAGCCACGCAAACCAUCGCUGCUGCUCAAAAUGCUGCCGCGUCCAACAAGAACACCGCUGCUCAUCAGCAGCUUGUGCAGAGCUGUAAGGCCGUGGCGGACCACAUGCCGCAGCUCAACCAGGGCGUACGUGGGAGUCAGGCCAAACCGGAGGACCUCAGUGCACAGCUAGCCCUCAUCAUUGCCAGUCAGAACUUCCUGCAGCCUGGCAGUAAGAUGGUGACCUCGGCCAAGUCAUCCGUUCCCACGGUGACGGAUCAGGCCGCAGCCAUGCAGCUUGGUCAGUGUGCAAAGAAUCUGGCUACCUGCCUGGCUGAGCUGAGGACGUCUGCACAGAAGGCACAUGAAGCUUGCGGCCCCAUGGAAAUCGACUCUGCGCUCACUGCCAUCCAGACCCUGAGAAGUGAGCUGCAAGAUGCCAAGCUGGCUGCUGUGAAUGCCCAACUCAAACCUCUACCUGGAGAAACCCUGGAGAAGUGUGCUCAGGACCUGGGCAGCACGUCCAAGUCAGUGGGAUCCUCGAUGGCUCAGCUGCUCACCUGUGCAGCACAAGGAAAUGAACACUACACAGGAAUAGCAGCCAGGGAGACGGCUCAGGCACUGAAAACACUGGCGCAGGCGGCGCGCGGUGUCGCCGCUUCCACCACGGACCCCAAGGCUGCAGCCGCCAUGCUGGACUCUGCUCGUGAUGUUAUGGAGGGAUCAGCACUUCUCAUUCACGAGGCCAAGCAGGCGCUGGAUUGCCCUGGAGAUGCCGAGAGCCAGCAAAGGCUCGCACAGGUGGCCAAAGCUGUGUCUCAUUCCCUGAAUAACUGCGUCAACUGUUUGCCUGGCCAAAAAGAUGUGGACAUGGCUCUCAAAAGCAUCGGGGAGGCCAGCAAGAAACUGCUGAUUGAAACUAUCCCUCCGGCCUCUAAGUCGUUCCAGGAGGCCCAGAGUGAUUUGAACCAAACAGCAGCAGGCCUGAACCAGUCAGCGGGCGACGUGGUCCACGCCUCCAGAGGCUCCAGCAACCACCUCGCAAUGGCUUCUGGGAAGUUCAGUCAAGACUUUGAUGAGUUCCUGGAUGCUGGAAUCGAGAUGGCUGGACACACUCAGAAAAAGGAUGACCAGGUGCAGGUGAUUGGUAAUCUGAAGAACAUCUCCAUGGCGUCUAGCAAGCUGCUGCUGGCUGCUAAGAGUCUGUCCGUCGACCCCGCAGCGGCAAACGCUAAGAACCUGCUGUCUGCUGCCGCGAGAGCAGUGACUGACAGCAUUAACCAGCUGAUUACACUGUGUACACAGCAGGCGCCUGGCCAGAAGGAGUGUGACAACGCUCUCAGAGAGCUGGAGGCUGUCAGAGGAAUGCUGGACAACCCCAAUGAGCCGGUCAGUGACCUCUCCUACUUUGACUGCAUUGAGAGUGUGAUGGAGAACUCCAAGGUUCUCGGAGAGUCCAUGGCAGGGAUUUCUCAGAACUGCAAGACCGGUGAUGUGCCUGCUUUUGGAGACUGUGUGGGAUCAGCCUCCAAGGCUCUGUGUGGCCUCACUGAAGCUGCAGGACAGGCUUCCUAUCUGGUGGGUGUGUCUGACCCAAACAGUCAGGCGGGGCACGAGGGGCUGGUGGAUCCCAUCCAGUUUGCAAAGGCCAAUCAGGCAAUUCAGAUGGCCUGUCAGAACCUUGUUGACCCAGACAGCAGUCCCUCCCAGGUCCUGUCUGCAGCCACCAUUGUUGCUAAGCACACCUCAGCGCUGUGCAACGCCUGCCGCCUGGCUUCCUCCAGAGCGGCCAACCCAGUUGCCAAGAGGCACUUUGUGCAGUCGGCCAAAGAGGUGGCGAACAGCACUGCCAACUUGGUCAAAACCAUUAAGGCGUUAGAUGGCGAUUUCUCAGAUGAGAACAGGAGCAAGUGUCGGGUUGCCACGGGUCCUCUAAUCGAGGCUGUGGAGAACCUGACAACAUUUGCUUCGAACCCGGAGUUUGCCAGCAUCCCAGCUCAAAUCAGCGCCGAGGGCUCUGCUGCUCAGGAGCCCAUCCUCCAGUCAGCGUGCUCCAUGCUUGAUAGCUCCACCUACCUGCUCAAGACUGCACGCUCAUUGGUUAUCAACCCCAAAGACCCGCCCACCUGGUCUGUCCUGGCCGGUCACUCUCGCACCGUCUCCGACUCCAUCAAGAGCCUCAUCACGGCCAUCCGGGACAAGGCCCCAGGCCAGCGAGAGUGUGACUCAUCAAUUGAUAACAUCAACAAAUGUAUCCGGGACAUUGAACAGGCCUCUCUGGCAGUGGUCAGCCAGAACUUAGCCAGCAGGGACGACAUUUCACUGGAAGCACUACAAGAGCAGCUGACGUCCACUGUGCAAGAAAUUGGCCACCUAAUUGACCCCAUUUCCACUGCUGCCAGAGGCGAGGCUUCCCAACUAGGACACAAGGUGACUCAACUUGCUGGUUACUUUGAACCACUGAUCGCAGCGUCUGUGGGCGUGGCGUCUAAGCUGAGGGACCACCAGCAGCAGAUGACUUUCCUGGACCAAACCAAGACACUGGCUGAGUCUGCUCUGCAGAUGCUCUACGCUGCCAAGGAGGGUGGAGGAAACCCAAAGGCGUCUCAUACCCAUGAUGCCAUAGCCGAGGCAGCCCAGCUCAUGAAGGAGGCAGUGGAUGAUAUCAUGGUGACACUGAAUGAAGCUGCCAGUGAAGUGGGAAUGGUGGGAGGAAUGGUGGAGUCCAUUGCAGACGCCAUGGCCAAGCUGGAUGAAGGUACACCACCUGAACCUGAGAGUUCAUUCGUGGAUUACCAAACCAGUAUGGUGAAACACUCUAAGGCUAUUGCUGUCACUGCUCAGGAAAUGAUGACCAAAUCAGUGACAUGUCCAGAUGAGCUGGGAGGGUUGGCCUCCCAGGUGACCGUGGACUACAGCCAGCUGGCCGUCCAGGGUCGACUGGCUGCUCACACAGCUGAGCCAGAGGAGAUCGGUUUCCAAAUCAAGACUCGAGUGCAGGAACUCGGCCAUGGCUGUAUCUUCCUGGUCCAGAAGGCUGGAGCUCUGCAGAUCACACCCUCAGAUAGUUUCACUAAACGAGAACUCAUAGAUUGUGCCCGUGCAGUCACAGAGAAGGUGUCCUUGGUGCUCUCAGCUCUCCAGGCAGGCAACAAGGGCACACAAGCUUGCAUCACAGCAGCCAGUGCAGUGUCUGGUAUCAUCGCUGACCUGGACACCACCAUCAUGUUUGCCUCUGCCGGCACACUGAACACGGAGAACGACGAGUCCUUCGCUGACCACAGAAUGACGGAUUUGCUGGUGAACAGAGACAGGAAAUCUCUGCGGUUACGCGAGGAUGUUGUUCGUGGACCUGUUCGUGCUUUCAACACACUUGUUCCGAGCAGACUGCUUUCCAAGCUGCGCGGUCUGGGAAUCGGCGAGCACACCUGCAGAUGGAUCGGAGACUUUCUCACUGAUCGCCUGCAGUCAGUCAGGCUGGGGGACCACCAGUCCUCAAUCCUGUCUGUGAGCACCAGGGCUCCCCAGGGCUGUGUGCUCAGUCCAAUGCUGUACACCCUGUACACCCAUGACUGCGCACCAAUCCACAGCAGCAACGUCCUCGUGAAAUUUGCGGAUGACACCACUGUGGUGGGGCUGAUUGAAAAUGGUGACGAGACAGCCUACAGGGAGGAGGUCCGGAACCUCGCUACCUGGUGCUCUCUCAAUAACCUGGCACUCAACUCCUCAAAAACAAAGGAGUUGGUGCUGGACUUCGGGAGAGGGAAUGAGGUUCUUGCUCCUUUUAUCAUUGGGGGAGACCUGGUGGAGAGGGUCAGUGACUUCAGGUUUCUGGGAACAUACAUUUCUCAGGACCUCAUAUGGGGGACUAACACCAAUGCCCUUGUGAAAAAGGCACAGCAGCGCCUGUACUUUUUGAGGUCACUGAGAAGGUUCAAUGUGACCCGGGACCUGCUGCUGUCCUUCUACAGGUGCUCUGUGGAGAGCAUCCUCACCCACAACAUCUUGGUGUGGUUCAGGAGCAGCUCUCAGGCUGACAAGGAGGCUCUGGAAAGAGUCAGAAAGUCAGCACAGGGAACCAUAGGAGUGCAGCUGUCCUCUCUGUCAGCAGACAUCUACGACACCAGGUGUCUGCACAGAGCCACCAGCAUUACCUGUGACAGCUCACACCCUGGGCACAGCCUGUUCUCACUGUUGCCCUCAGGAAAGAGGUACAGGUCCAUGCAAGCCCGUACCUCUAGGUUUGCGAACACCUUUUAUCCAAGUGCAAUAAGAGUGCCUAACACUAAGUAA